UGUCACGUUUGUUUAUUUUUUUAUUUAAAAAUAAUUAAUUUAUGCGACAAUAUGAAUCAAUGGAAAUAAUAGAAUAUCAAUAAUUAAUAAUAUUUAAGUACAAGCAUUAAUACUAAUGAUUUAUGAAAAAAUAUCUAGAAGGAAUAGUGACAAUUAUUAUUUAUUUAAUUACUGAGUAUUAAAAAGAUUAUUGAUAAAUUUUAACCGAUAUUUGUGACUAAGACAGGACUUUUAACUGAAUCAGUUUAUCACGAAAUUGAAAACAUUAAAUUCGUUUACUUGGAACUAUGUGAUGUUUGUCAAAAUAUUGAAGAUUUUUUUGGGCUACCUGCUUUCAUUGCUAUUGUCAAGUUUGGAGAAAUAAUGACAAGAUCUUUGUAUUUAGUACUUAUGUCACUAGAUAAUGCAAAACCAAUCGAGUUAUCAUUGUACAUCAUCGGUGGAAUAGUCAUCGUUUGGCCGCCUCUUAUAUUGAUGACUUUGACAACUUUUGUUGUGAGAGUAAUUAAACAGAGUCAAAAAACAGCAAAUAUCAUAAAUCUACUUAUGGAUCGCUGCAACAUGGAUCCGAAAAUCAAGGAACAAUUGGCUAAAUUUUCAAGCGACCUCCUGCACUUGAAAGUUGGGUUCACAGCCUGUGAUAUUGUGCCACUAGAUCGUACACUCGUGGCCAUUAUCUCUGGCACAGUCGUAACAUAUCUCAUUAUAUUUAUACAAUUUCGUACCAGCGCACCAAAUUAAAUAAAAUUCAAUGAAACUACACCCUAUUUUCAAUAAUUUAUAACGAAUAUUAACAUAUCAAUGAUGAAUAAAAAAAAAAUAAUAAU